UCACCAGAACAACAAGGUGAUAAGACUAACACAGGGAAUUUCCUGGGGGGAUCUCCAAGAGCCUUAGGUGUAAGUAGGCUUAACUCUAACACUGUAUUUGACUGAAACAAAGGCCAACUCAUGGAAAUUGUGUUAAUGAGAGUGGGGUUUUCCCCCCUCAUCAAAGCAUCUGAUUGGGUUAACAUUUAGGGGAAAUAGUUAUGGGUUUGUUUUUAUAUUAUUAUAUUAUUGAAACUUUUUAAAAUGAUAUAUUCUGACUUUUGUUCAUAACCCGUGUUUCUCUGAUUAUUAAAUAUCUGUGUGCUUUUUAUUAAGGCUGACAACAACAUUGAGGAUGUGGACAAGUUCAAUGUCUUUGUUAAGUGUGCGGGAAAGACCUUGGAUAUAGACGUGUUCCCUCUGGAGAGAAUCGCAGUUCUGCUGGAAAAUGCAUGUCAACAGGCAGGAAAGAAACGCUGCACAAUGAAACUUGUUUACAACGGUAGGCUAUCCAUCUAUCCACCUGAUACAUCCUUUAUGAGUUAAAGCAGUAUGCCAGUUAUGUUUAUUUCAUAUGGAUUGUUGUUAUUUUGUUAUUGUUUACCGAUGUCUAACAAGGUAAUGAGAAUCUUACAUAGGUUAGGUAAUUCACAGUUAAAAACUUAGCUGUAAAAUAUUUGUAUACUAAGAUAUAAAUGUAAAGUGUCUUUCUAUAAUAAAUACAAAAACAGCUUCUAAAAUAUGUGUUUGAUGACUUGUUUGCAGGGGAAACGCUGGAUGAGAACAAAACAGUGAAACACUAUAAACUACGAAGAGGAAACACAGUCAACCUCAUUCAUGCC